AUGGUCGCAAUGAUGAAUCGCGCUGCCGCCCUGCGUAAGGCUGCCGCACUCGCCCCGUCGUCAGCAGCUCGUUCUUCCGGCGCCGCUGGUGCCCGCACUUACGCUACUGGCGUCGAUGGAAGCUCGAGAUCCGGCUUUGGUCGCUUCUUUGUCUACUCUACGGUCGGCGCUACCCUCUUCUACGGUAUCUCGACCGUAGCGGCACUCAACAAUGACCGAUACAGCCACUUUUUCGUAGAGAGCAUCCCAGGAGGUGAACGCAUCAUCGACUACCUCGACACACACGAUGUUGGACAAGAGAUCAAGAACAUCAACUUGCACGGCUACGGAGACAAGGCCAUCGACGUCACCAAGACCGCCUACGACAGCGUCAGCGGUGCCGUGGGUCGCGUCAUCAGCGGCGAUGCAGGCGCCAGCGAGAGUGCAGGCGACGAGCGUGAUGCUCGUCUCAGGGUUGCAGAGGCUCGUGCCAAGGCCAAGGACGAAGCGGAGAAGCUCGCGCAAAAGGCCAAAUCUGGUGCGAAGAAGGCCGAGCACGAGGCUCAGUCUGCGCUUCAGACUGUGCAGGACAAGACGUCGGAGCUCGUCAACCGUGCCAAGGCGGCUGCUGAACGUGCAGAGGCCAAGGUCCGUGGUCAGGCCACCGAGGCGAGAACGGAUGGCCGAAACGUCAUUCAGCGUGCCGUCGACAGCGUCCAGGUCAUGACCGACAUUGGCGCCAACACCAAGGCUGCUCCCUCCAAGAGUGCUGCUCCCGGCAAGGGUCCCAAGGAGGAGAUCAAGGAGACUUACACCGGCGAGCUUCCCGUCAACCACGAAGCUCCUAUCGGAUACGCCGCUCCUCGCCGCGAUCGCGGACUCCAAGCUCCCGAGCACCCCACUGCUCGACUGCGCCCCGAUCCCGAAGCACCCAAGCUGCCUCUGCUAGCACCUUCGAUCAAGAGCCUCUCUGCAUCCGAGCCCAUGAUCGCACAGCUUGCCGGCACCAUCGAUGAGCUUACCACCUUCCUCAAGGAGACUCCCUCGUCCGGUGCCAACGCCAAGGGUGUCCUCGAGAGCGCCCAGAUCGACCUGCAGCAAUUGAGCCAGCGUCUCGAGACCAUCAAGCGCCAAGAGGCCAAGCGCGUCGAGGACAGCCUCGCAGCCCAGGCCAAGCGAUACGAAGCUCAGAUCUCGCAACAAUCGCAGGAGGCGGCCAACAAGCUGUCGAGCCGCGAGUCGGACUGGCAAAAGUCGUUCGAAGAGGAGCACGCCAAGCAGACGCAGCAGUUCAAGGAGAAGCUCGAGAAGGAGCUCGCCACGCAGAGCCAGAUCAUCAACGAGAGGCUCAAGGAGGAGGUGAUCGCGCAGGGUAUCGAGCUGCAGAGACGCUGGAUGAAGGACAUCAAGAGCAAGGUGGAGGAGGAGCGCGGAGGACGACUCGCCAAGCUGGACGAGCUGGCUACGGAGCUCAAGAGCCUCGAGAAGGUGAGCUUGGACAACAGCAACGUGUUGGACGAGAACGUGUCGGUACACACGCUGUGGACGGCGGUUCGAGCUGUCCAGCACGCGCUCGACGAUGUCUCGGCCACCAAGCGACCUUUCGCCGAACAGCUGCGCGUACUCAAGGGAACCACCAAGGCGCGCGACGACCCGGUCCUCUCCGCCGCUAUCGAAGCCCUCGAUGCCAGCGGAGCCGCCGAGACCGGCGUCGAGUCGUUCACCACGCUCAAGCAGUGGUUCGACAACAAAGUCGGGCCUCGUGUCCGUCAAGUCUCCCUGGUACCUUCGCCGGAAACUUCGGGCGUCCUGUCUCACCUUGCCAGCGCAGCACUCUCGCCCAUCCUGUUCCACAAGAAGGGGUUGGUAGCAGGCGAGGACGUUCCAUCCGUCCUUGCGAGGGCGGAAUACUACUUGGACCGCAAGGACCUGGAUUCGGCGACGAGAGAGUUGAACCAGCUCAAAGGGUGGCCCAAGCUGCUCGCUUCCGAUUGGCUCGCUGCGUCGCGAAAGAGGUUGGAGGUGCAGCAGGCGUUGGACGUGGUUCAGACAGAAGCCAGCUUGGCUUCGCUCAUGGUGUCGGCUUGA